AUGAGAAGAGUGAGAGGAGUUUCCACAACAACAAGUGAGCUGCUCUCCAAAAUAAUAGGCGGAGACGUCGACGCUGCGUUCGCCAGAGGCCCCGUCAAGUGUCACUUCUGCGGCCGCCGGACGCGCAGCUCCCACGGCAUGUUGAAGCAUCUCCGCCAGAACGCAAAGUGCCACGAGAGGAGAGCAGAUGCCUCCUCCCCACCCGGCCAUCCGUUCGUUAUGGAACAUCCAGGCGGGGAGGCGAACCACCUGCAGAUAUCGCUCCCAGACAGCCCGCCGUCGCCGGCAGAGUCCGCGACCAAUGUCCCAGAGGACGACAUGGCGUUCAGUGACCCUGCCCCUCUGGAGGAUCAGAUUUCUACGCCUGCUCCUCUAGAAGAUCAGAAUUCUAUGCCUGCCUCUCUGCAAGAUCAGAUUUCCAUGCCUUCCCCUCUGGAAGAUCAGAAUUCUACGAUGGCUUUCAGUAACCCUGCCCCUCUGGCAGAUCAGAUUUCCAUGCCUUCCCCUCUGGAAGAUCAGAAUUCUACGAUGGCUUUCAGUAACCCUGCCCCUCUGGCAGAUCAGAUUUCCAUGUCUUCCCCUCUGGAAGAUCAGAAUUCUACGAUGGCUUUCAGAAACCCUGCCCCUCUGGAAGAUCAGAACUCCAUGAAGCACACGCAAUCCCAGCAUGGACUCCUCGAGAGCCCAAUGCCUAGCGACGCACCGCUGAAUGCUGGCGAUGUGACCUUGCAGCAGGGUCCGGAUUGCCUGAUGCUUGCCAACUCGUGGUGGCCCGGUGUUCAGGAUCCAUCUGCUGGCUCCGACUUCCUGGCGCCGAGCCAAGAAUUCAGCAAUGCUCAAUUGAUGGCCGUUCAGAAGGCCCAUUCGUCUUUGGUCCAGCAGAUUCCGGUCACAAAUGCCGACGCUGGAUUCAUCUGCCCGAGCUACCUGACCGCUGUGCCUAUGAUGCAGCAGCCACCACCCAUUUCCAUGGGGUUUGAGGCACCGCUGCUGAUAAACCGUAUGUCCCCUAUGGCACUGUCGAAAGAUCAAACCUUCCCUCCGGCACUUGAACCAUUCUCACCAACGCCUCAGCUACUUGGACCGACGCCAACUCAGCAUACACAAGGACCGGAGGUCCAAGGGGAAUCCAGCAGUAUUGAUGCGGAUUUCUAUAUGGGCAACCAGCCCUCCUUUAAUGUGCCCGUCCCGAGCGGAGAUACUCAGCUCUACUUUGUUAGAACUGGCCUGUUUGAACCCAAUGGCGGCCCCUUCUCUAGCGUCGGGAGUAUUGGACCUCCUCCUUGCCCUUCUCCUCCUUACAAUUCUCCUCCAUGCUGCGUUCCACAAGCAUCAUCUCCGGCUGCUACCCCAUCUCGGGUCGAGGAGGUGUCUGACGAUGCGGGCGCUGCCGUGCCUCUGAGCCCGAGCACCGUGGCUUCCAUGAACCCUCUCAAUCUCCCACCGGGACAGCUCCCAUUGCCUGGAGGCCCCGAGCUAGGCUCUACGCCAGUCAUCCAUGUCCCGCAGAGAUCAGGGACGCAAAGACCAAUCCAAACAGCGGCGGCCGCAGUUCUCCAGCGGAACCGGGUGCCCAAACCAAACGCCCCGGCCGUCAUACUGCUCAUCCAGCGAGGCACAUGUCCCACCUGCAAGAAAGAUAAACCGCUGCCCGGCGAGCGCGACAUGAAGACGCACAUCCGGUGCGAGCUGCCGUACCGGACCACCGAGGGCCAGGUCAUCAUGCUCCGCGGCUACAACCCGAAGCUCCCCGACGCCUUCACCAUCGACGGCCACGGGCACAGGAACGGCAUCCUCAUGUGCCCCUUCUGCAUCAACAGGGUGCAGGUGGUGUGCGGCGUGCACCCGGACGACAAGUACCUGCCGAGCUGCUCCACGUGCAGGAGCUUCAUGCAGACGGGCAUCGCGCACCUCGGGGCGCACCUGAGGAGGCUCCAGGACCCGAGGCAGUACGUCCCCGGCCACCACGAGUCGUGCCCCGGGCCUCAGCGCGGGUGCAAUUGCGUCCCGCACUAUUGGAGAGUCUAG